AUGCAUACCUCACUACCAACCUGGCUCGCGCUCUCGGCAGCAAUUCUACCCACAGCAACAGCCUUCUACCCCUACCACUACUCCGUAAGCAAGACCUCCACCUCGAGCCGCUCGCACCGAACCGCCCCACCACCCUCCCACGCUGGGAACACACGCUCUGUAACGCUCCCCCUUCGUCGCGCACGCACGCCUCUUCGCGCCCGCCAAAACGUAUACAACAUUGUCAACUCGAACAACCCGAGCCAAGAAAACAGCGUAGCCAUAGAUCAAGAUGGCAGCGAUCUCAGUUACAUGGUCGCUGUAACAAUCGGUGACAGCUCAGAUGAGUACCACAUGUUGCUCGAUUCAGCAGCGAGCAAUACCUGGGUCAUGGGACAAGAUUGUGAGAGUGAAGCGUGUAAAACGCAUGCUACGUUUGGGAAGGGGGAUUCAAGUACACUCAAAACAGACGAGACCAGCCCGUUCAGCAUGACCUACGGCACAGGUACUUCUUCGGGCCACCUAGCAACAGAUACACUGCAUCUAGGCCAGUCCCUUUCCCCCACUCUCACCUUCGGCCUCGCAACAAACGUCUCCGAUGAAUUCCGCGCAUACCCCAUGGACGGCAUCCUAGGCAUCGGCCGCGGCACACAAGGCGCCAGCACCACGGAUGAAAUCGACACCCCACAAAUCAUGGACAUACUCUCCUCGCAGAACCUCAUCGGCGCCAAACUCUACGGAAUCCACCUCUCCCGCGACUCGGACGGUAAACUAGACGGCGAGUUAAACCUCGGCGAGGUGAACAAGGAGAGGUUUAGCGGUGAGUUGAAUUACCUAGAUUGCGUGGACAAUGAAUCUGGGUUCUGGGAAGUUCCUUUACAGGACGCUGGAGUCGAUGGCAUCAACGUCAAUCUCACAAGUGGGAGCACCAACCGAACGGCAAUUAUGGAUACGGGAACGUCUUUCAUCCUCAUACCGGAACCGGAUGCGCUGGCUAUUCAUGGCAAGAUCGAGGGCUUUGAACAGGACGGCGAGAUCUUCUUCGUUCCCUGCGAAACCAAGUCUGUGGUGCAGUUUACGUUUAACAACCGGAUUUAUAAUAUUUCUACGGCGGAUUGGAUUGGCGACAAGGAUGAUGAUUCUGCUUUGUGUAGGAGCAAUAUCGUCGGUAGGAAGACGUUUGGAGAGGCGCAGUGGCUGGUGGGUGAUGUGUUCUUGAAGAAUGUGUAUAGUGUCUUUGAUUUUGAGAAGAGUAGGGUGGGGCUGGGUGUUUUGGGCGAGGAACAAGUGGUUGUGGGGACGGAGAGUGCUAGUUCUACAGGUACGGCAUCUCCUUCGGCAUCGAGGACAGCAACGGAGACUGGAGGAGCGACUUCGACGUCUGUGGGUCAUGGGCAGUCUCAGGAUCAGCAGGGUGGGGCUGUUGCUCAGUCUUCAAUGUCUCUCUUCACAGUCAUUGGAGUAUUUACUUCGAUUUCAAUGUUCAUAUAG